AUGGGGAAGUUCCUAGAAACAAAAGGAGUUUUGGCAGCUGCUUGGGAAUAUUCCUUACUUAAAGUCCCCAUCCCGAGCAGGAAGAUAGUGGCAGCAAAGAAGAUGAAAAAGUCGCUGGAGUUGGUCAAUUCUAGUUUCCAACUCAUUAUGACAAGUGGAAAGUACAUGCUGGGGUACAAGCAGACUCUGAAAAUAAUCAGAUAUGGCAAAGUGAAACUGGUUGUCCUCGCCAACAACUGCCCAGCCUUGAGGAAAUCUGAGAUAGAAUACUGUGGCAUGUUGGCUAAAACUGGCGCCCAUCACUACAGUGGCAAUAAUAUUAAUUUGAGCACAGCAUGGAAGAAAUAUUACAGAGUAAGCACUCUGACUAGCAUUGAUCCAGGUGAUUCUGAUGUCAUUAGAAGCAUGCCAGAACAGAUUGGUGAAAAGUAA